UUUUUAAAAAAAAUCCCUGGUGUACUUCUGGCAGUUUGAUCUACAUGGUUUUUUUUAAUCCGAAGAUACAUACGACUGGGUUAACUGACCCUGCGUAACUGUACAAAUAGAAAGUGGGGGGUUUAAAUUAUUUUUGUGCAUUGAUUGGGUGGAGGGAGGAUGGGAGAGUGCAGUUCUUGCUGUGUUCACAAUCCCUCUUCGGUCUUCGCCUGCAGAGGUGGCUCUGCAUCUCAUUAGGAGUUGCAAAAGGACAUUUGUAAAGCUCUCCCUGUCGAUCAGAGCUGUCAAUCACUCCGGCGGCAAAGCUUUGAUCUCUCCUAGUUCCCCCUCCUUCCAGCCUGCUUUUUUUUCCCUUUCUCUCUCUUUCCUCAGCUGCAUUACUCUCUGCCGUCUCCAACUAGUCUUCAUGGGCUUGCUUUAACUAGCUUCAGUCCCGGAAAAGCAGAAAGUAGGCGAGCGAACAGUUUGCCUUGAAAACAGACAGAGGACCUCUUUCUGAAAAGUAACAAUUUACUAUAACAGCAAAAAAAGGGACUGGCUUUUUUAAAAGAAAAAUAAUCAGUUCCCCCCUUCAAGAUUCUAGAUCUUUACCACCCCCCCCCCCCCCAUACACUGAAAAAGGAAAGGGGGAGGCAUUAUUAGAUUCCGCUCAAACUUCAGAUUCGCAGGGAUGCCGCAGCUCAACAGCGGUGGCGACCCGGAGCUCGGAGCCAACGACGAGAUGAUUUCGUUCAAGGACGAAGGGGAGCAGGAUGAUAAAAUCCUGGCGGAGAUCAGCGCCACCGAGGAGCGGGAUCUAGCCGACCUGAAGUCCUCACUGGUGAAUGAGUCGGAGACUAACGCGGGCAGCGACAGCAGCAGCAACAAUAGCGGCGGUACUAACCCGGCCGAACAGGAGGUAGGCAGACGGCCACAAGUUAGCGAGGAGCCCUUUCGGGACAAAGUGAGAACCAGCAUUGAGGAGGUAGGGAAGAGACAGGAUGCAGCGAUCUUCAAGGGUCCGGCUUACUGCCCCUACCAGCCAGGCUAUGUCAUGGUGCCUAAUAUGAACAACGACCCUUACCUGAACAACGGCUCCCUCUCACCUCCUGCCCCCAGAACGUCAAACAAGGUGCCCGUGGUGCAGCCGUGCCAUGCAGUUCACCCGCUCACGCCCCUCAUUACCUACAGCGAUGAGCACUUCGCCCCUGGAUCACACCCCACGCAAAUCCCCACAGACAUCAACUCCAAAAGAGGCAUGCACAGACACCCCCCAGGUCCUGAUAUCCCCUCCUUCUAUCCCCUGUCUCCAGGUGCAGUUGGACAGCUCACGCCCCCUCUCAACUGGUUCUCCCAUCCGAUGGCCCAUGGGAACCCAAAUCCUCCUACCACUGGCAUCCCACACCCGGCCAUUGUGAACCACCAAAUCAAGCAAGAACCCAUUCACAACGAGAUUGAACACAUGGACAUAAAGCCUCACCAGGAAACGAGGAAGGAACAAGAGGCCAAAAAACCUCACAUCAAGAAGCCACUCAACGCCUUUAUGUUGUACAUGAAGGAGAUGAGAGCAAAUGUAGUGGCAGAGUGCACAUUGAAAGAGAGUGCAGCUAUCAAUCAAAUCCUUGGCAGGAGGUGGCAUGCUUUGUCUCGUGAGGAGCAAGCGAAGUAUUAUGAACUGGCUCGCAAGGAGCGGCAACUUCACAUGCAGCUAUACCCUGGCUGGUCUGCACGAGAUAACUAUAAGGGAAAGAAGAAGAAGAGGAAACGUGAAAAGAUGCAGGAAACCACCUCAGGAAAACAAAAUACAUUCUCGACAUGCAAAGCAAAAGCAGCGACGUCGGGCCCAUUGCUGGAGAUGGAGGCAUGCUGACCACCUGGCCUCACCUUGCGCUUCUGCUGUCCCCUCUACAUCUCCGGAAUCCAUGUUUGACAUGACAUCCACUGCAGGCAGAUGUGUGGACACUGCAAUCAAACAACGAUUUCUGUUUGGAUUUGCUCUGUGGCAGAGUGGCACAUGGUGGCACCCAGCACAACCUCCCUUCCCUAGAAACUACACUGCGCUCGAUCACCAGCCAAACUCCAUUCACUUUUACCAGACAACAUACCAUUUGUAUUUACUCUCGCAUUUUGGAUUACUGCCUCCCCCAUACACAUCCAUUUUCAUUCAAAGACAUGCUUUCAUUCAUGCCAGGUUGCUUAUGGCCAGUAUAAGAAGCAAACAUCAUGGGAAAACUGUUGCGGGGGGAAAUCACAUGCAGAAAAUGACCUCCUGGGCCAUUUAUCCAAGAAAGCGUAAAUAAUUUAAUUUUAUAUCAUUUUUGUCAUAGUUGAAAUCAUUCAUUUUCCAUUUAUUACUUUCCAUUAUGUUUGGUUCUUAGUAUAUAGUUUUUAGGAAUAGUUACCUUAUUUUAAUUAAACUUAGGGAUCAGGAAAGUUUCUAAAAGUAAAACAAGACCCUUUUAUCCCUGCUGGAGAUCUUUCAGAAAAAUAAGGCCGGCAUUGUCAGAUUUGUACCAAACACUGAGCUCAGAGCUUCUGCAUGGUGUUCUCUGGAGCUGUAUCAAUGCAAGAUGGGGAAUUUCUGAGAGGAUUGGUCCCUUUGCCCGGCAGUAACUUUAGUAGAAACCUGAGGAAACUAGAAUUGAAGGGAAGCACUGUUUCUGCGGUGAUGGAGGUGUUUAUUUGGUUGUUGAAGUUAUAUGCUGAAGGUGAAUGUCAGUAGAAAACCCCAGCCUUACCCCACAAUGACAAAGCAUCAUCUUGGGGGCUGGUCUUACAUUGUCAAAUAUUGCAGACCUUGUAUAAGCUAUGCCGUCACACAUUGUCAUUUUAGGAAUCUCCUCAUUUGAAAUGUUUCUUUAAAAAUGAACUUAUAUUUAUAUAUCGCGCGCCCUUCUCUUUACCUUGUAGUUAUCACUUAGUCACGUCUUCGUGUUACUUUUCUUUGCUCUCAAUUGGGUAAUUGAUUAUAAUGGGUUCAAGCCAUUGCCUUUUUUUAAAAGGCCGUCACAGUCCAUCAAAUCUUUUAUGUACAGAAUUAGCCAGAAUCAAAAAUGUUACAACUUCUGCAUGUUUUCUUUUGUGAGAAAUAACCGUGCAGUACAUUUGCCACUGUCUUGUAAUCUCAAACCUGCAGAACAAACUAAAUAUUAUUUGAACACUACAUGUGACUAAACAGAUUGAUUGCAUCCUGUGCACAGUCAUAGUUUAAUUUGCUGCAGUCAGCAGACCCAGUGCUGUUAGACCAACAACAGGAACAACAGGUGGGAAACUUGCAGGUGGAAUAAACUCAGGAUUCGCCAACAGGAUUCACAGACUGUAUGAUGUUGUAUGUCAGUAUAAAAUGAACAA